GUACAGGGACUGUAUGUAUGACCUUAUCUCUUGACUCCACGGCUGAGUGGGUGGUCUUUGGUGUUUUGCUUUAGCUCUUCAAGUUACAUGGAUGGUGGAUUUUCUUUCUUGGUCAUAGGAUGGGCAUUUAACAUUAAUGGGCCUAAAAAGAGUUGGGCUUUGUGGGUUUCUCUUUGAUUUUUGUGGUGGUGGAGGUGUUGUUGUCAUGGGGUUUUAUUUUAUCCCUUGUGGGUAUUCCUCCAUGAAAGGUGGUAGGUUUUUGGAGUUGACUUACAGAGACAAUUGCAAGUUCUUCCCUACAAAGUCUCUGGGCGUCUUUGUUGGUUUCUCCUCCACACUAAACUCCUAAUCCCGUUUUGUUAUGAUUAGUGAUUGGCCUUUUUUUCUGAUCCAAGGAGAAGGUGAUAAAUGCUAAAGGCCCUCUUCCUCACCUGUGCAUUGAUACAAAGAUUUUAAUCCACCAUGGUUAGCUUACGGAGGCGUAAACUCUUGGGACUUUGUGCUGGAAGAAGUUCUUUCCUGACUCCACUUCCUCGAUUUUUUGACAAUGGAACUGCUACUUUAGGUUCCGCUCAGAAUGGCAGGUCCGUCAGUGUGCAUCCUCUGCCAUCAGAUGAUGCCAUACAGCCAGAGGAGAAAACUAUUUUAAAAGUGGGAGCUGGCUCUUCAAAUGUUUCUGCUUCUAGCUCGUCAAAAGAGCAGCGAUCUCAACCAUAUCCAGAGCAACCAGUUAAACGCAGAAAGAGACACAGGAGGAAACAUGUUCAGAACCAGGAACCAUGCCUGAUGAGAGGCGUCUAUUUUAAAAAUAUGAAAUGGCAGGCAGCAAUUAAAGUUGACAAGAAGCAGAUUCACCUAGGGACUGUUGGUUCUCAAGAAGAGGCUGCUCGUUUGUAUGACAGGGCUGCUUUCAUGUGCGGGAGGGAGCCCAAUUUUGAGCUCUCAGAGGAGGAAAAGCAAGAACUUAGGAAAUUCAAGUGGGAUGAAUUUUUGGCAAUCACUCGCAGUGCAAUUAACAAUAAAAAACACAAGAGAAGGAUCGGGGCAGGUUUGCAGAAGAGAUCAGAGACUACAUUGCAGGAUGGUGACUGGGACGCCAAGGACGGACUCAAUGGCUUUUCAGCUUCAGAAGAUGUGGAACCAGACUCAUCAGCCUCUUGAAUAUUCUAGUUUCAGAACGAGACUGUCAAUCCCAUUCUAACAGUUUAGCUCUCCCUCGUCGGCCGCCCCUGUUUUUUUCUUAUGCGCACGAGCCCCUAUUAGGGCUUAUGAUGGUAAACUUCAUCUUCAAGUAAGCAUAUAUUUACAAAUUUAACUCAAUAAGGAGACAAGAGUGCAGUAUUUACAUGCACUGUUGCUAAUGACACUACCAUCGCUUGGAGAGCUAUUAAAUACACGGAAAGUUCCCUUUUUGGUCCAGUGAUUGUUCCUCCCAACUCAGAAGCUGGAAGCCGCAGAACGCUUGAAACUUGGCUUCUAGAAGAAAAAUUCCCUUGUAUGAUAAUGAAAAUGAUCUCUGCAGUUGAUGUUAAUACUGUUUUUGCUAGUCUACUGUUUUGUUCAGCCCUAGUACAGUAACCAUGCAUGCUAUCAUAAAAGAACAAGGAUAGAUGGAUUGAUCAACUCAUAUUUCAAUAA